AUGGAAGAUAGUGAAAAUGAUGGUGAAAAGAAAAGUAAAAAGAAGAAAAGAAAGGCAGAUGAUGGAUUAACAGUGGAAAACUGUAAAAAUGAAAAAAAAAGACAACAACCCAUCAUGUCCAUGAAACGUAGCACGAUAAAUAUUUAUUUUUGGAUUUUGCUGACAGCACUGAUAUGCUGGGUAGUAAGAUGUGGUAAGCUGGAAGGUUAUAUAUUCCCAGUGUAUACCACAACGUCAUGUCCCAGGAGCCAAUCGGAAUGGAGAAAUAGGUCAUCUACCCUAAACUGUACAAAGAGUAAUGGAUACAUGUGUAUACCUAACGAGAACAUUACAGAACUGUUGGAGUUUUGUUACAGAUUUCGAAGAAUACCUAUAGAUAAAAGCAUCUGUUUGAUUCUGAGGAGGUCCACCUCUCUUGUGGAAGCCCACAGCUGUUCACAAUUUAUAAAUGGAUGUCCAGAUAAAUUGUACUGGAGCAAUGAAAUCUUCAAAUAUCCAAGCUGCCUAUCUAUUGGAAAUACGUGUUUUCUGGCUGAGCCAUCCUGUCAUGAACAAGAAGAAGGGUAG